UUGAUUAAGGUUAAGUUACAGUUAAGUUUACUUUUUGAAAACAGAAAAUAAUGACUGAUACAACUGAUAAUAAUGUUGUAUAUGCAAAGGACGCUAAAAUCUUCCAAGAAAUGCUAAUGGAUAUAGCAAAAAAUGUUGGAGAUAAAAUAACUUCAUGCAAGAAUGAAACUGACAACGCUAUUUCCUCUGAUACAAAACGAGCUAUAAAAAAAGCAUUUGUUGAAAAUAUCCACGAUAAACUGGAAAAAUUGAUACUGACAGAAAAUUUACAAGAAAAAUUUGCAGUUCUUAAUAAAUUAGCCCUCAGUGGUGAUUCACAACCUACAUGGAGGCCAACUACAGGGCAAAUUCCUCUUACAACCAUAAGAGGAAAAUAUUUAGAAGAAAAAAAAACCGAAUUAAUCAGCAAAGUUUCUGAAUUAAAAAAAGAGAGAAUAGAAUUACAAGAAGAAGUUAUGCAAAGACGUAAAAUUAUUGAGAAGCAAGUUAAACAAAUCCAAAAAUGCAAAGACACACUAAUAGCUGAAAUGCAAGAAGCUAAUUUAAAUUUAUUGAACUCUAUAUAAUUGAAAACAAAUAUAAUAUUUUUUAUACAA